AUGUGGACGGCCAUUGAACAGAGGGAUGAGGCAUCAAAAGCAGCCUAUAACAGCAAUGUCCAACUAUGGACCCUCUAUGCGAUCGGCUGUGCGGUGACGCUACUUAGAACUUAUUCACAAUGCAAGGAUCUGGGUUGGAGAAGGUUGCGCCUUGACGAUUAUCUGAUAUGGGUCGCAAUAUUAUUUUACACCGCACAAGUGGCACUGGCGUAUAGUGUCGGCAAUGUAGCCCAUGGACUCGCAAACAACAGCAUGACAGAGGCCCAGAGAGCUACGUUGGAUCCAGGUAGCGCAGAAUAUCGAGAAAGGUCAGUCAUUCAACCCCGAUCCGGUGACUGGACAUUGACGGACGCGGUCAAUAGAAUAAUUGGCUCCAAGAUACAAAUUGCCGGCUGGGCCACAUAUACAGCGUUGAUCAACUCGCUCAAGUUGUCAAUGCUGGUCUUCUACACUCGACUGAUGGAUGGUCUCGGCCGUCGUUAUCGCGUGCCCAUCUGGAUUGGGUUCGCCCUCGUCAUCGGAAGUUUUGUCGCCUUAAGUUUGCGCUUCGCGACCCUAAACCAUAAUAGUCGCUCAUGGUUUUCUACUAGAUUCCUGUCAACCUGCCAUUUCGAAGCCAGUGAUCGCCGCAACCUUCGCCGCAAAUCUCGCCACAGACCCAUAUUUGGUUUUGAUACCGAUCCCGAUGCUUUGGAAAUCCAGCCUCAAGCUUGUGAAAAAGAUUGCGGUGACGAUAGUACUUGGUGCGGGGAUGUUUAUUCUGGUGAACCCAACAAUGGAGCGUCGAUAGCAGACGAAUGGGGCACACGAGAGACAUUCGUCGCCGUGAUCACCACAAAUCUCCCUAUGGUGUUCCACCUGCUACGGACCUGGCUGGCCCGGGGAUUUGGCAGCGCCUUCCAAUCGUCGCAGCGAACCUACCAGCUUCCAUCAGGAGGACUUCAGAACACCGGUGGCGGUACUACUCGGAGAAGAGGCCGAGGAGGUACCAGCAGCCGGGAUCCGAUCACCGUCGGCUUGACGUUUACCGAGAGUGAAGAACGAAUGAUGCAGGACAUUAAGCUGCAGACACUGGAGCCACAUGAAGCCCCCACAGCUGGUGCCAUCAUGGUCUCGAAUCAGAUCGAAGUCACCCAUCAGACGCGAAACAGUCAUGCCGAGGAGCCGUCUGCACCGAGAGAAAAUGCAAAUUGGUAG